AUUGUCAAAGCAAAUAACCGGGACCUCUCUUACAUCCUCCUGGUCUCCCUCCUGCUUUGCUUCUUGUCUUCUUUUCUUUUCAUUGGUCCACCAAGGAAAGUUACCUGCCUUCUUCGACAAACAGUUUUCAGCAUCAUCUUCUCAGUUGCCAUUUCUUCUCUCUUGGCUAAAACAAUCACGGUGGUGCUGGCUUUCCUGGCCACAAAACCAGGAAACCAAGUAAAGAGAUGGUUGGGGAAAAGCCUGGCCAACUCCAUCAUCCUUUUUUGUUCUACUGUCCAAAUUAUCAUCUGCUCCAUCUGGCUUGGAGUUUUUCCCCCAUUCCCUGACUCUGACCUCCACUCCCAGCCUGGAGCAAUCAUCCUGCAAUGCAAUGAAGGCUCUGUUGUCAUGUUCUAUAUCACCCUCUGCUACAUGGGCUUUCUGGCUACCAUUUGUUUCACUGUGGCUUUCCUGGCCAGGAAUCUCCCUGGGUCCUUCAAUGAAGCCAAGUUGAUCACCUUCAGCAUGCUGGUCUUCUGCAGUGUUUGG